GAUUUUUAAAAUAUGGGGUUUUUCAGUAAUUUUCAAUCAAAAAUGGCACUUUUGUCAAAUUUUGAAAAUUUUAAAGUUAAAUUUUAAUAAUUCCAUGCAUCAUAGAAUUAAAAACAAUUUUUCCUGUAAAACUACUGUAAUAGGUCUACAUAUUACCAGAAUUACUUUUUAUGAAAAUUGAUUAUUCCACAUAAAAAUGUUUUUUUGAAAAUCCAAAAAAAUCUAAAUUUUUUGCCAAAUUUUUUAGUUUCCCCCCCUUAAAGAUAUUGUCGUUGGGCUCAUUGGAACUAUUCCACUCUGUAGUUCACUAUAAUAGGUACAAAAUAAAAAAAAAAUCAACAAAAUCAGUAAAAUAGUUUUGAAAUGCCGCUCAUUUAAAAAACACCCCUUUUUCCACCUUUUUUGAUUUUGAACCAACUUCAAAAGGCUAUAACAUGGGGAAAAAAAAUUUUGGGACAAAAUCCUUUUGGCAUACUUCUUGUCUGCACUGGUUGUAACUGCUGUAAUUUUUUAAAGCAAAUCUGAGAUGGUGACCUGACACAUUAUCUUGCUAACUGCCUGAAUUGAGGUGGAAUGGCUCUAAAAUAUAAUUGAAAACCAAAUGUUACAAAUUAAGUACAUUUUCUGUUUUAUUUAUACAAUUAUAAUGGAAAAUAUAUUAGGUUUUCAUUAUCAUUUUUUAUGUACAGUUAUGUUAUAGUUCAUAAAUUAUUUAUCCUACUAGCCUACUAAUAUUAUAAAUGCUAAAGUUUGUAUGUGUGCGUGUUACCACUCAGCUCCUAAACGGCUGAACAGAUUUUCAUGAGAUUUGGUAUAUAAUAACUUUACGUCCUGGAAUAGAGCAAAGAGUACUUUUCAUUCCGGAAAAAUUUAUAGUUCCUGUGGGAUACAUAAAUUUGCAAUGCCAAUUCCUGUUUUUGGUCGAAAAUCUACAUGGCAUUGCAUUGUUGAUGCUUCCUCCGCCUCCAUGGCAACGACUAUUGCACUGUUGAUACAUUCUUUGUCUAUAUAAAAAGUUUUGUGGAGGUAUCAAAGACCAAAUUUCAUAUUUUUCAAUUAUGUCCUACACACUUGAAACUCUGCAAUGAUGUCCUUAUAUUGUGAAAUAUUCAGCCCGGGCAAAGCCGGAUACUUCAGCUAGUUUUUUUAUAUUUUAACAAAAAUAAUUUGUUGACUAUCCCUCAUGCAUUCAAGUGGUAAAAUUUACAUAAUAGGUAUGUCAAAUCAGACAUAAUAAGGAGGUGAACGAUGCAUCAAAUCAGGUAUUUUUGCUUUUUUGGAAUUUUGUUUAUGAUGCAAAAAGAGAAUGUUAAAUCCAAGAUUUUGACCACGGAAGACAACCGUAUCAUUAUCAAAAACUUUAAAAACCACGAAAUUUUCAACCUUUUUUCAGGUUUUGUGGAUUUUUACCCAGAAGGACUUGGUUUUGGGCAACGACAGUUCAAUUUACGUUUGAAGAAGAUUAAAUUUGCAACAAUAUGAGACUAAAACGGUUAUUGUAGGGCCAAUAUGUUCGGAGAUACAGCUUUGAAAUAUAUGGCCCAUUUUUCAUUUUACAUGAUUUUUAGCAAAAUUGCAUAGCUAUACAUUAAUUUCAUAAUUACAUUUAUGUUUCUGAAGGAGCAGUUUAUUGUUCGUAAACCCUCCUACCCUGUCAAUGGAAUCUACAAGUGCCUCAAAAGAACACAAAGUGACCCCCCUCCCCACCAUUUGUGUAAUUUGGUUGUCUCUUAAAAUCCAAAUAGAAGAGCUACCUAGACACAUUUUUUUAAAAAAUACUACCCAUCUAACUGUACUUGUUAUCUGUACCUACAAAUUACCAAAUUGUUAUGCACGUGAAAAGGAUGGGCCAUCUGGACGGGGAACGUUAGGGAGUGGUCCUUUGUUUACAUGCCAACUUCAAAGCAAUGGUCCUACUGCCCAAUUGUGGUUGCAGUAUUUCCAAAUGGUUACACUGAUGAAACAAUUAAUCGAAGCAGAGAGAUCAGGAAACUGGGAUUUACAUCUGACCACCACACAGCAUAUACUACCAUUUUUACAUGCUGCAAGCCACUUGUGUUAUGCUAAGUGUGCUCACUUGUAUGUUUAGGACAUGUUGGGUUUGGAAGAGAGAACGGAUCCUCAGGAAUAUAAACUUUUUACAACAGAUGGAUACUUUACAAUCCGAUGCUCUAAAAAAUUCUGGGCUGGCAUCUGGUCUGAUAUGUCUCUAGAGCAAGUGCUCAUGAAAUCCAUGAAGAGCUAUGGAGGGCUCACCCGGGGUCGUGUAAUUACUCCCAGCAUUCUGAUUUGAUGGACUUUGGGAAUGGUUUAUCUCCAGAACAUCUGCGAAGAAGUAGAGGUCUACUGUGAUAUUGACUCAACAACAAGUGAGCAGCAUGUGGACCUACGCCAGUCUCGUAUUACCCGAGAUGUAGCGAAUACAGAAAAGUUGUGUCACUAGUUUUCCCAACAUCCUCCAUUCCCUACUACCAAAUUCAUAAUGUCAAUAUGCAGUUAGGAUGGUUGGAGAAGCAACUGUUAACUGCCACAUGGCUCUUCAGAUUGGGCAUGAUUCUUUGUUACGAGUAGUUGGAAAAAAAUUUCUGUGAUGACAAAUUAAAAUGAAACAACAAAGUAGUGUCCCUGGCAUCUGCUAUACAAUCAGCAUCAGUUGGUGAGAGAAAGGUGACAGUUGACCCUCUAACCCUGUUUCACUGGUUAUGCAUCUUGAAACAAUCUGAUGAAUUGAAAUUGUUUUUUAUGUACAAGCGAUCACCAUUCCCACUGUCGAUGUUUACAGAAGAAGGAAUGAGGAAGGGCACAAAAUCAGCUUUCUACGCAGCAUUCUUAUCUGUCAACAUAAAUGAGUCUCGAGAAACACCAAAACAUGUGGUGAUAGAUGGCGGGCAUCUUCUCCAAAGUUGUGUGGCCUCAAUUCCUUGUUUGAGGUAAUAGCUGCCAGGUAAAUCCAAUACCUCACCACUCACUAUGGAUCCAAAGUCACAGUAGUUAUUGAUGGCUACCCGACUGAGGCUGCAGAGGAGAGCACGAAGAGCUCCGUGCGUAUUUGCAGAUCUAAGGCUGCAACAUCCCCUCAAAUUUUAUUUAACGCCAGUACAAUUGCUCAAGUGUCUCAAGAAACGUUCUUAUCCAAUGAACACAAUAAAAUUCUGUGUAUAGACUUCCUGAAGACAGAAAUGGGGAAACACAAUAUUCCAACAGUGCAGGCUACAGAAGAUGCCGACAGACUGAUCAUAACAGCAAUCUCUUUAUCCACUACUCACGAUAAUUGUUGGUGAGGAUGUGGACUUGCUAGUCAUACUUGCAGGCAUCACACUGCCAAACCUCCGGAACAUAUUUCUUACGAAAUGUGGGCGGGGUGUACAUGAUGUGACCUAUACUAACAUCUAUUUCAAAUAUGACUAUAGUAACUCUCAACUUCUGCUUGUUUUCCACGCCUUCAGUGGUUGCAACUCCACAUCAUUCUUUGGGCAAGGGAAAACAAAAAUUGUCACCAAAUUUGAAAAACAUUGAGACCUUGAUGGCAAAGCUGCAAUUUUCUUUGACAGCAACACCAACCCGGAUGAUAUUGGAGGACUGCACAAAACUCAGAACCUGGGUGAGCUGAGAUACAAUUUGUUCGCAAAGGCUGCGAUGAAAACAAACUUCAACCUAGUGAGAUUGCCUCCCACCCAGGAUUCAAUCAGGUUUCACUCCCUGCACAUCUACCACCAGGUCCAGAAGUGGUUAGCAGUCAACAAACAGCCUCUUGACAGAGGGUAGCUGCGCACUUCUCAAGGUUUCAGCCCAAAGAUCAUGACAAGAGAUGCGGCGCCUCAACAUCUGCUGGAGCUCAUCUCCUGCGGCUGCAGAAAAGGCUGCGGCAGCGAUUGCAUCUCCAGGAACGCUGGGCUCAAGUGCUCCAUCACUUGCAGCCACUACGAGGGAGCCUCAUGUGACAACAUCCCUGAGCUCGCAUUUGGCGUGAAUUACUCACUUGUCUCAGAUGACAUGACAGACGAAGACGAACUGAAGAAUUGUGGACGCCCGUCUCAGACAUUCUUGAAAACUCUCCUGUCAUUUCAAAAGAAGUCUUGGACCAUCCAAGUCCAUUUAAGAGGACAAAAUUUGUUUAAAAUAACAAAUAAAUCCUCAAAAUUGUUUAAAUAUGUUAGAUUUUUAGAUGUUUCCAUCUAUGUAUUUAUUUUCAAUAUUAUAUAAAUAAAUAAUUAUCCCAAUAAUUAAAAGACAUCGUAAGUGAUUGUCAGUAUUGCUGAUUUUUUCGUAUUCCCAUGACUGUAAAUAAAAAUACAAAUAUCUCUUUUUUUUUUGCUUAAGUGGCUAGGGAGUGGGUCAAUUUGUAGUCCCCUGAGAUCCCAGUAGAGUCCAUUGAGAGGGUAGGAGGGUUUACGAACAAUAAACUGCACCUUCAGAAACAUAUAUGUUACUGAAAACCAUGAAAUUUUUCUAAAAAUCAUUUAAAAUGAAAAAUUGGCCAUAUAUUUCAAAGCUGUAUCUCCAAAACUGUUAGUCCUACAAUAACCAUUUUAGUCUCAUAUUGUUCCAAAUUCAAUCUUCACACGUAAAUUCAACUGUCGUUGCCCAAACCCAAGUACUUCUGGGUCAAAAUCGACAAAACCUGAAAACAAAUUUUAAAUGUCGAGGAUUUUUUUUUAAUUUUUUACAAUGACGCGGUCGUCUGCUGAGGUCGAAAACUUGGAUUUAGCAUUCCCUUUGCACAAUAAACAACAUAUCAAAAAAGCAAAAACACCUAAUUUGAUGCAACGUUCAAUGUCAGAUUUAUUGAACUAGUAGGUACUUUCUACAAAAACUGCACCUUUGAGUGCGGAAAUUUCAAAAGGUACGGACCACGUGGAACAAAGUCUCUGUAUCCAAAUUGUCAAUUCCCACCUACUUGCACCUUCUUGACUUUUCACACCACCUCUCUAAGCAGAUGAAGAAGUUAUAAUUACACGUGUCAGUAGAACAAUUAUGUUGUCAAUGUUUAGUUACUACUUCUGGUAACAUGAACGCCAAGUAGCUUAACUUUCUGGUGGCUGAUGUCUCAGAAAUACAUCUAACUUCAACAAAGUCUUUAAGGGGCCGCCUAGUCAGGGGUGUAAGGCAGGAUGAUAAUUGGUGCGCACUGGUGCUUAUAGCGCACCAUCCCUCUAAGCGGAAGGCUGUGGACUAGCGCACAGUCUUCUCGUCGUGCAUACGGCAACUGUGAUAUUUGAGUAUUGACCAUAACAUUGCAAGGUGGAGAAAUGAAGAUAAAGGUAUAUUGCAAGUCCCUAGUUUGCUUUCAAGAAUCUCUACCAGGUGUUUUAUGCCUAAAAAUUAUUCUGAAAAUGUGAAUUUUAGCCAUUUUCACUCUUCAAAAACCAUAGUUAAAAAAAAUAAUGAAACAGAACUACUCAUCUGCCCUCAGCACAGUCUUAAAUGCUUUUCACAAACAGACACCACUCGGCUAUCCUGAGCAGUUUUCAAAUUGCAUAUUUUUUUUAAGCACUGCACACUUAAUGUGUGCCCAGGCAGGUGGAGCCUAUAAGACAUGAAACAUCCUCUUGAUUUUAUUUGUCAAUGUUACAAGGCAUUCAUCAACAAAAACAUCACUUAGACUAUGUGUGUGGAAAAUAAAUUUGCUGGAAACUCAAAAUCUUGCAACCACAAUUUUCAAGCUAUUUGUGUGAUAGUUUAAAGGUGUAAAAUAACUUUAUAAUUCACAAUGCUUGUUUGGGCUCAGUAUCUAGUAAAAAAAAAUUGUUAAUUGUUUAGACAAUGUAUGGCCCAUGUGGCAAUUGUCCAAUUUGCAGGUCUAGCAACUGCAGAAAUACAACAGCAGACCGAAAUACAACAGCAAGCAGACCAAUUACAGCAUGGAAACAUAUUGUUAACUUUAUUAAAGCACACCUUACCGUUUGAAAGUAGAUAAGUAGUGGAAGUUAAAUAUAUGCUGGUGAUUUUGCUGAGCGCUGUCAAUGUAAUCCGAGCAAGAUAAGAUAAAGUUAACUAUACCUGCAGAAUAUGUUACCUUUCUGCAUGAAAUAUGCUGCAAAUUGGUCACAGAAGGAUAGUGCUAUUUUUUAUUUGUUUCUUGAGACGCAUAAACAUUUUUCAAUGUAUAGCAAUUUUCUAUGCUGUUAGUGUAUAUACUUUUGUAUGUUUUGUUUUACAUAUAAAACAUAUAAAAUUGUUAAUAAAAUAGGCCAUGUGAUAAAUCACGAAACCACCAAUAAAUCAUCAAAAAUUCCAAAAAAACUUGUUUUACUAUGUAUGAAGUUAGGUUCUUUACAGUAAUUUAUUUGAAAACCUGAAAAACUAGAAUGAUUCCUUAUGUUCAAUAAACUAAAUAAAAGCUAUUUAUUAUGGUAACCAUAAACCAAAGAAUCCUAUCUUAUGACUUGAUACAAACCCUCUAUCUACUUCAGAGCCAUUCCAUUUCAAUUCAGGCAAGAGCGUGUCAAGUCAUUAUCUAUGAUUUGCUUUAGAAAAUUAUAGCAGUUACUUACAACAGUGGAGACAAGAAGUGUGCUAAAAGGAUUUCGACCCAAAAAAUUUCUUACCCAUGUUAUAGCCUUAUGAAGUUGGUUCAAAAUUAAAAAAAGAUGGAAAAAAUUGCUUUCUUCAAAUGAGCGGCAUUUCAUAACUAUUUAACGGAUUCCAAUUUUUUUUGGAAAUGUUAUACAGUGGAACCUGGAUAAUUCGAACUUCUUUAAUUCGAAAUCUUCUUUAAUUCGAAUUUUCCUCUUGGUCCCUAGCAUUUUGUAUCUAAACAAUGCUAAAAAUCGUGGAUAAUUCGAAUUUUAUUUUGGAUAAUUCGAAUUUUCGGUGCGUCUAAUUUAGUGAAUAAAUUAUAAACUACGGCUCAAAAAAUUGUAAAUUUAUCGGGAAAUACGUUUUACAAACAAUACUCGGCAAAAGUUAAGCGUUUGACCAAAUGCGCGGUAGCUUGUAGUGUGAUGACUCACCCUUCCCCUCCCGCACACUUGUGCCGAGUGCCGACCGCCUGCGCGUAGCAACAACACGCAGCAGUAGUGUCUCCAAGGUCACCUCUCCCCACACUCACCCCUCUCCACUCCGUACUGUACAACUGUGCAUCGUUCUGUGUAUCGUCUGUUUUGUAACAUACAGUGUACUGUAGCUUAUUUAAAAUUGUCUUUUGAUGUGUGAUUACGUGUAGUUUUUACGUACAGUGACGUUUAGUGAGUGAACUGUGAGAGUAGCAACCAUGGCGUCGACCUCGUCUACAAAAUCCCGUGCUUAUAAAACUUUGACUCUAGCUGAAAAAGUAGCGGCGAUUAGGGAAGUGGACAAAGGCGUGAAAAAGAAAUUGGAAAUCGCGAAGGACUUUGGGAUUCCACCCAACACUCUAUCCACUUUCUUGAAGAAUAGAGAUAAAAUUCUCAGCAGUGCAGAGGAAUUUGAUAAAGACCGAAAACGACUACGAGAACCAGAUAACCCAGACGUCGACAAUUGUGUUCUUAAGUGGUUCAAGCAAGCCAGAGACAAAAAAAUUCCGUUGAGUGGUCCCCUAAUAAGGGUAAAGGCCGAGCAAUUCGCUAAAGAAUUGGGCAAACAAAAUUUCAAAGCUAGCACUGGAUGGCUGGAUGGUUUCAAAGAACGUAAUAAAAUUACGUUCAAAGCAGUCUGUGGCGAAAGUGGGGCAGUGAACCAGCAAGAAGCCGGCCAGUGGAAGCGAGAUUUAGAAGAGAUGAUCCAAGAUAGAGACCCAAACAAUAUUUUCAAUGUUGAUGAGACUGGCCUUUUUUUUUAAAUGCACACCGGACAAAACAUUGGCAUUUAAAAGCGAAAAAUGUCAUGGUGGAAAACUAAGCAAAGAAAGAGUGACGCUUUUAGUCGGAGCAAACAUGGACGGCUCAGAAAAGCUGCCCUUGUUGAAGAUUGGAAAAUCGGCUAAUCCCCGUUGUUUUAAGAAUGUCAAGUCGAAACCGGUGGAUUACGUUAACAGCUCAAACGCUUGGAUGACAGGCGACCUGUUUUCAAAGUGGCUAAUAAAGUUGGACAAGAAGUUUAUUAAAGAAAAGCGUCAGGUGGUCCUCUUCAUCGACAACUGUACUGCGCAUAACACCAUACCAGUGUUGAAAUGUGUUAAAGUGGUUUUUUUCCCAGCCAAUAUGACAUCUGUUGUCCAGCCAAUGGACCAAGGGAUAAUAAAAAAUUUGAAACAUUUCUACAGAACCUUGCUGGUAGAAAACAUACUGGCCGGAGAUGGAAACGCCCUGAAAAUAAAGCUCGAUAUUCUGCAAGCUUCCAGAAUGUGUAAGCAAGCGUGGGACAGAGUGAAGCCAGAAACAAUCAAAAACUGUUUUAAAAAGGCAGGUUUUGUUAAAACCGAGGACGAAACUGUGGAAGCAACUGAAGCGGAAGCCAUUCCAGCAGCAGUCGACGGCUGGGAGAAUGUGGGAGCCGACCCGACCAUCUCGUACGAAGACUUUCUCAAUGUCGAUGAAGAUGUUGCGGUGUGCGGUGACGUCACUGACACCGAAAUCAUCGCAGAGGUGCUCGGCAGUGAGAAGCAAGACGAUGACGGGGAAGGUUCGGAAGAAGAGAUCGCUGGAGUAGAAGAAGAACCGGUGCCGAGUGCAGCUGACGCCAUGAAUCACAUAAAAGAACUUAGACGUUUUUUUGAGAGCCGAAUUAAUGUAAGUGAUUCAUACUUCAUCUCUUUGAUUAAGUUAGAAUCUUUUGUAAUGGCCGAGAGCCUUAAUUCGAGAAAACAGGCCAAAAUAUCAUCUUUUUUUCAAAAACAAUAGGUUGUUUUUAUGUUUCAGCUCAAUAGUUUUAAGGUCAUUUUAAUAUGUAUGUAUCGUUUAGGCAUUAAUUGAUGUAUUUAUUCAAAAAAUGUCAACCAAUAAAGAGUUUUAAUAGAAAAUAUGAUUUUUUAUUGUUUUGGCCCUAUUUAUAUUACGAACUUCUUUAAUUCGAAUUUUUGGAUAAUUCGAAGUUUUUGACUGGUCCCUUGAGGUUCGAAUCAUCCAAGUUCUACUGAAUUGAACUACAGAGUGGUAAAGUUUUAAUGAGCCCCAUGACUAUAUUUUUAAAGGGAGGAAACUCAAAAAUUUGACAAAAUAUUUUUUUUUUUUUUUUGGGAUUUUCAAAAAAAAAUUUUUUAAAUGGAAUAAUCAAUUUUCAUAAAAAGUAAUUCUGGCAAUAUGUAGACCUAUUACAGUAGUUUUACAGAAAAAAAUGUUUUAAGUUCAAUGAUGCACGGAAUUAUUAACAUUUAACUUUAAAUUUUGCAAAAUUUGACAAUUUCUUAAACAUCUGAAAAUUUGUCAGUUUGUAGUCUUAACCUUUGUUAAUAGCAUGCACGUUGUUGGAUAGUGUGUUUUGGCCUGUAACCAUUUCUAGAAUUUUUUGAAAAAUGUAAAUUUAUUAAAUUUUCUAAGGACUGCAGGCUCAAUUAACAAAUAAGAUUUGUUGGUUUCUAAAUAUGAGAUGUAAUUUGUAACUGGUUCUGAAUUUGGGAAAACCUUAGGAAAUAUGAAGAGUCCCUAACUCAAUAUUCCCAGGUGCUGUAAGGGGAAUCUCUGUAGUUUCAAGGGAAUUCCCUGAUGACCACGAGGGGAAUCACCUACAGGACUACAAGGGAAUUCCCAAACUUUUGUUGUUACAGUUGUGUUAUGUGUGUUGAUGGGUGAUGUUCAGCUAGUGAACUAAAACAUGUCUGCCUUUCAUAGCACCAAGAGAAUUAAAUGUGUGGACUACAUUAAAAGGCACAAAAAAAGUGUGUAGAAAAGUAAAUGCGUGAGGAUGUGUAAGGUGAAUGAUUUAGCUGAUAACAUUCAAAGGAUCGUGGGUGUAGCUGUCUCAGUAAAUAUAAAUGAUAUUUUGUGUAGUAAUGUGUGUUACUUUCUACAAAAAGACAUUUUUGUAACUUGCUAAAGAAUCUGCAGAAGGAAUACCUACAUUAGAGAAUUUUAUUCCGGAGGAUGAACUUGUAUGUUUUUUUAAAUAGCAGUCUCAUCAAAACAUUAAAUGUAGGAGUAUCACCAUUGAAAUCCCCUUCAGAGGUGAGAUUGAAUAGGAGAGAAGGUUAUGCGAGGAAAAAGAAGAUAAAAUUAGUCAACGAGUUAAAAAAUGUAGCUAAACAAAUUAAAAGACAUAUAUCACGUGCAUGUUUCAAGUGAGUCUAAAGAUGAAAUGCCUGUGUGUGUCAAUUAUAGUCUAUGUUUUUCUAAUAAUGACUCAGCUCUUCGUACUUUUAACUACAAUGGAAAAGUGCACCAACAACAUUGGUACCACAAACAUUUAGUAAAACUGAAUUGAAGGAAAAA